AGAGAGUCUCACUGUGACACAGACUCAGUGGUGCUAUGACUGGAGGUGGAUUUUGGAUAAAUAUUUGAACUGUAGUUCUGUUACACCGAAGUGUUAGAAGUACCUCAGCCUGAAUCAUCUACCGCAGCGUAACGAUGUACAACAGUGGCUAUAACGGUGGCUAUAACGGUGGCUAUUCAGAAGCCAAACUGGGAUGGUCAGCCAAGAAAAUGCACAGACCAGAAGAGAAGGGAUGUGGUUACUACAUGAAGAUGGUCUUCUUCUUUUCCUCGCUGAUCCAGUCUCUCAUCAUUGUCAGUCUGGUGCUCUUUCUGGUUUAUGGACAGCCGGAGCAGACGAUAGAGGAGAAGAGAGUCCAGGAUUUGGAGCAAAGUUAUAAUAAACUAAGGUUGGAGAAAACAGCUCUUCAAGACAAAGUGAAGAACCUCACCAAGCAACUGAAUACCACUAUUACAGCAAAGAUGGCUGUUGAAAAAGACUUUAACACAUUACGUGAACUGGCAAAAAAUUCAACCAUUGGUAUAAGUUUCUUGCAAAACAAAUGGCGACAGUGUGAGACAGAAAAAAGGUCAGUUUUGAAUCCCAUUUGUCCUCCCAUCCAUUAUACAGACGGCCGAAGCUGUGUAUAUACGCUUCAGAAGUCUGAAGAAAUGCUGAAACUUGUUAAGGCAAACUUCACCGAACAAAUGACUACAAUGAAACUUAACUUAGAAAACACCAAAAAAGACAAACUUCUGUAUCAUCUGGAGGCAAUUAAGCUGCGGCGAAGCAAAGCCUCCCUUGAAGAAAGGAUUGAAAAGUAUGAGAAAUCGUGUAAGGAGGAUUUCGUUAAGUCCUUACAGGGAAUCCCCAAUGUCACCAGGGAGUUUCUUAAAAAGGUUGAUGAUUUGUUCAUGAAGCACGAAUCCUUCCAGCUAACCUGUGAGAAACAAAGCACGAAACUUGAAGACAUUCGUGUAAACUGCAGCAGCCUGUCAAGAGAGGUGGAGAACAAGCUUCAGGCAUAUCUGGACAAAGUGGGGAGUCAGGUCUCGUCAAUUCUAGGCGCAAAUGCCAAAUAUCAAACAGAAAACAAACUACUGACAGAGGAUGCCACUUGGUGCAAGGGGAAUCUCAGUGCCACUGUGGAGGAGAACCAAAAGGUUCUCCAGCAAGCCCGGCUGAAAUAUGACCAAGAAACGGAGAGGCUCCUGCUGCAGGUCAGACAGCUGACUGAAAAUGGCAAACUUCAAGAAAAUCUACUGUCUGUGAAAGAAAUCGACAUUAAAAUUCUCAACGAGAAUGUCAAGACCCUCAACGCGUCAUUGACAAGUUGUAAGGGAGCACAGAAAAAUAAUUUUGGACAAUUUUCUCCUGGAAGGCCCACCUCUUUCCAGUGGCCACAUUCCACCGGGUCGCAGAUGACUGGAGUUGGUGGCAUUGGGCAAGGUACAGCAGGACUGGGCAAUGUGGGUUCAAGCAGUACUAGUCUACUGGGUCGACCAGGUUUGGUUGGAUCAACAGGGCUUAACAGUGCAGGGUCGACUGGAACAUCCGUGAUCAGAACAUCCCCAUUUGGAGCAGGACCCGGUGUAAGCGACCACCAGCUCUCAGCACAAAUCACUCAGCACUUGAAAGAGCUUCAACGGUAUGCGAAAACAGACUGAAGAGACCACAGACCAGUGCAAAGAUCAACCUUGUAUAUGGAAUAUAUAUGUAUAUUAAUAGUUUAUACCACAGUGCUGUUGAAAUCUCCAAUCUGAUUGGUUAGGAGGUGAUGAUUACUUUUCUGUAACAGGUUUAUACUAAUGCAUUGUUUCUAUAGUAAGAACUCUCGAGUCUGACGCGUGCUGUUAUUUAACAAAGGAAAAACAUAUAAUCAUUGAUAUGGUGAAGUUUUAUUAAUGUUUAUAUAACUUUUAUGGAAGAAGUCUCAGGUUUUCAGCACUUUGUAACAGUCAAUUUUCCUCCAUGGGAGAGUCUUCAGGACAGACCAAGCAAACGGAUGCUUUCCGGUUUCUUGAGAACAACAAGCUUUUUGUUUUUUGUUUUCUUCUUUUUGUCUUAUUAACUUCAAGAAAGAGAACAACAGAGAAAAGAGGAAACAACUGUUUAUAGCUGUGAUAAUGUACAUGAUAACCAGGAACUAACUAGUUCAACAACAUAAAUGUGACUAUAUAUGGUUAAAAAAACUCUACGUGUUGUUCAAUAAUUACUGAAAAAUCAUAAUCGUUGGUAAAUCGCUGUGGUAAAAAAGGAAUUAAACACUUUUGGACGUGCUGUUAUAGGAAAAUAAUCAACUUCAGGGUAGUAACAGCAUCACACUCAGUCAUUGUUGCUUUUCAUACGACAGCACACCCUGUCGUGUUUUAUUCCUUACUUAAAUAAUAGCUUAAAAUGUGCAUAUUUUAAUGCAUUAUCUACAGUUGUACUAUUAUUCUUAUGAUGUUAAUAAAUUGCAUUUGACCUGCAUGACAGGACAUGUAGAAUCCCUUUAAUAUAAGGUUAUAAGAUCUUUAAGUCAGACUACUUGCAAUCUUGCACUUUUUGGCAGGGUCCAUUUAUUUCUUCAUGUAUGAAAAAAAAAACAAUAAUAAAAAGCACAAAUGAAAACGCUUU